AUGGCUUACAACCGCGCGUACACUGGUCCCGAUUACGUCGCCUCCGGCACGCCCGACGACACGAGCUCUGUCCAGAGCGGCACGUUGCCGCCACCGCGCUCGACCAACGACACGCUUAUGAUGCACCAACAUCAGCCGCUACAGCAACGCCCCGCCUUCGACUGUAGCAGUAGCAACAGCGACGGCAUCAUCAACACUCCGUGGCGUGACAACAACAUGAAGGCAGCGGCGAUGAAGGUGGUGUACAGGGAGCAGCGUCGUGGCAUCAACGUGCCGGCGGUGCAGGUGCCCAGCACGGCCUACGCGCAGCGGGUCGCCAACAACAACAGCGACCGGAACUCGAGCAUCAACAACCGCAAUACAACACUGGAUGAUACGUUUGAGGAGAUCUACACGCAGGAGGACCGCACCACACGGCAGACCAGUGACGUCCGCCGCCCACUCAACCGCAGGUUCGAUGAUGAGUCGUAUGACGAGGACUACGACAGCUACGAUGAGGAUGAGGAUGACAGUGAUGAUGAUGAAGAGGAGGAUGUACCGCGCAUUCCCAUUAUCUCUGGCCGCGGCAGCGGCCAUGUCCUGCGUGAUAUCCUCUACGGCACGCCCAGGGCGGGUGGGCCGCAGCCGACGCGACAGCAACAGGAAGGGCAGCCGCACCAGUGGUCCCCGUAUCAGGCGCGUGAGCGGGACCGCUCGCUGACAAACGAUUCGUACGUGUGGUCACCGCACCACAGCGAUGUUGAGCAACCGUCCGCUCAUUCUUCAGCGCUGCAUCAGCAGAAAACGCAGCACUAUCGUCAUCGCCGGCAUCCUUCGCAUCACGACCGCCAACGUCAGUUGCCCUUGAGCGGGGAAUACGCGAAUGGAGAGCGAUGGAGAGAACCUGUGUCGUCCCACCAACACAAGCGGCAGCCGACCGCCGACAGGUUUGCAGCCGAUAUGGCCGCACCAGCGGCUUCAAGAGUGCAACAUAAGGCUGAGUCGUUCACCACAGAGCGGGAGCGGACGCCAGUGCAAGAUGCUGCCGAUUGGGACUCGCAGCGGAGCGACAAGAUGGCGCAUACGCCGCUGCCUGAUGACGCCACCCCGCGCCGCCAUCAACGUCACCGCUACCGUCAUCAUCAUCAUCAGCGUCAUUCGCCGUCGUCUGCGUCGAGGGUACGGAGUGAAACGCGGCGUAGCACUUCCAGGCAUGAGAGAGCCCCUUCUGAGAUCCGCCGGCGCAAGAAGUCGAAGAAGCAUCAUCAUGAAGAGGAGGAAGAUGAGAGGUUGGAGCACUCACCCUCGUCCCCUGCUGCAGCACACAAGGCGCAAACGCGUAAGCACAGGCGCAAGCAUGAGGUGGGCAGCGACGGCAUGGCGAAGGCGGAGAGGGACAAACCCAAUGGAAAGAAGGCGGAGGGGGAGAAUGAGGCGGGCACCCAGGAGCAGCAGCCCUCGGAUGACGCUAUUGAUGAAGUCGAGGCGAAGGCAAAGAAGGAAAAAACCCACUGCUUUACCUGUGUUGGCAACUCAAAGGACAGGGAGGAGAAGAAGGCAAAAGAAAAGGAAAGGAAGGCGGAGAAGGCAGCAAAGAAGGAGGCAGAGAAGGCAGCAAAAGAGGAGAAGAAGGCAGCAAAGAAGGAGGCGGAGAAGGCAGCCAAGGAGGAGAAGAAGGCGGCCAAGGAGGCGGAGAAGGCAGCCAAGGAGGCGGAGAAGGCGGCCAAGAAAAAGGUGGAUAAGGAAAAGAAGACCAAGAAGGAAGAAGAAGAGGAGGAGGAGGAGGAGGAUAAAGAGGGCCCCUCUGGCGGAUGCUGUUACGUGAAGAAAGAGAAAAAAAGCACGAAGGAAACGGAAGGCGCGGAAAAGGUCAUGUCGGGGAAGCAGCCGCGUGCCAACACUAACACCAAAAGCAGCAGCAGCAGGAAGAAGGACGGCACGGUAGGAAAGAGGGAGAAACGCGAGCCGGCCAACACGAACGGGAACGCUGCAGCCACAUCGCCGCCCCUGCGCCGCAGGAGGCCCCCAUCAUCGAUCACGUCUUCUUCUAUGGUGUCCAGCUGCUCAACCUCUUCGUACGAGUUUUUGGAUUCGAGCCCGCGCCCUCGUGCCACUGGUCGCCGCUCUGCUACUGUCGAGCGCCGCCAUCGUGAGUCGGAGGGGCGAUCGUCACGGCACCGCCGCCGUGGCGGCGUAGAGAACUGGAGCGAUGUAGACUAG